AUGGAACAAUCUGAAAAAGAGGCUCUACAACGCGUUUCCUGCGUUCAGAUGGAAAAAUACAACGAUGUCGCGGUAAUUACACUUAACACUCCUGGCCAGGCAGAAUCAUUAUCAUUUGGUAAGCGCUAUACUAUUUGUCAGAAAGAAUUCCAGUAUUUUCAGCAAAACGUUCUCGAUGAAUCAAUUGGAGAACAGCUGAAAAACGCCGCAGAAACUGCUGUAGAAGAUGACAAUAUCGUUGGAGUUAUCAUCAUUUCGGCAAAACCAAAAAGUUUUGUAGCAGGUGCAGAUAUAAAUAUUUUGGAAAGCACUGAUGGUCCAGAAUUAUUUUGUCAGUCUCGCCGUUGUCAAGAUAAAUUUCGAAAAGUAGAAAAGUCAUCUGUGCCUGUAGUGGCUGCAGUUAUGGGUACUUGUAUGGGCGCAGGACUUGAGCUUAUACUGUCCUGCCACUAUCGCAUCUGUGUUGAUACAGACUGCACCGUAUUUUCAUUGCCGGAAGUUAGGCUUGGACUUUUACCGGGAGGUGGGGGAACACAGAGGCUUCCUCGACAAGUAGCGCUCCCAGUAGCACUCGACAUGCUUCUUACCGGGCGUAGCGUUAAUGCCAGACGUGCCUAUCAAAUUGGACUCGUGGAGCAGGUGAUAGAUCCUGUAAUGCUGGGUGAAAGUGAUAUUGAUUAUACUGCGUCUCUGGUACAUUUGCAAGAAAUAGCUGUAAAUACUUUAAGAAGUAGUCCCGUUGGUGAAAUGCCUGCUCCCUACGCAAUUUUGGAAUGUGUAGAAAAAUCUAUGAAUUGUAAAGGUGACGAAGGGUACUUAUUUGAAUCGACAGAAUUUGGCCGUCUAACGCAAACAAGAGAAUCUAAAGCACUAAUUAGCCUUUUUCACGGCAUAACUAAAUGCAAAAAGCAACGAUUUGGUGAAGCACCUGAGUUGAGGUAUUUGAUAACAGUCACUAUCAUUGAGCCAAAUCAUCAGUUGAGGGCGAAGGCAAACGAGUAUGUUGAAAAACAUUUUUUACGAGCUGUGGAAAAAGGAAAAAUUUUGCCAAAGAAAGCAAACUCUGCAAAACGGAACAUUUACAUUGUGGAAACAUACGAAGAGCUGCAAAAUGCUAAUAUCGUUUUAGUCGCGUUACCUUUAGAUGUUCCUGAUGAACGAAUUAGUGGCGAAAUCAGAGAAGUAGAAAACAGAGUUGCGAAAACAGUCCCGAUCUUAAUACAUGUUUUUGGGAAAUCUGUAAAAGAUGUAGCUGGCUCGGCGAACUUCCCUAACAGGAUAGUCGGCGUUUGUUACGGGGUUCCAUAUGGUACCAGUAAAUAUGGAGAGUUGAUAAGACACGAAAAGACCGAUACAGCUUCUGUAGCGAUGGCAGCAUUACUGCUACGCAAACAAGACCUGUAUACGAUUAGCUCAAAUGACAGUAACGAAAGGCCAGGGCAUUACCUAGUUCACUGUGUUCUUUCCAUGGUUUCUACUAUGUGUGAUGAAUUCCUCAACAGAAACUUGAAUAACGCUGUGGAAAUAGAUGAAUUCUCAAAAAAAGCAGGAUUCGUAGGCGGCAUUGCAGAAAUGUGCGAUUUAAUUGGAUUGAGUGCGAUUGCCAAGGCUUCUCGACGUUACUUAUCAUACAAAAACAAGUUGCAGUUUCUGCAUGAGCUGGUUCGUAGAAACAGGCAUGGCGAAGCAGUUGAGCAGGGGUUUUACGUUUACAAAAACGGAGAAAAACUUGAGAAGAUUCCAGAUGAAAGUCUUAAGCAGUCCCUAAAACAAGCACAAAGUGAACUAGAAUUCACCGUUACAACUCACUCAACAACAGGUGGCCCACAAAACCUUUUGCACUGCGUCACCAACGCAGCGCUACACUGCUACGAACAGGGCAUAAUAAGUUCACCGGAAGAGGGAGACGUUGGAUGCGUCUUUGGAGUCGGUUUCCCACCAUCUCUUGGCGGUCCUUUCCAUUACGUCGAUCAGUACAAGAACAAAAUCAAAGACAACAUUGCAGAAGUAACUGACUUAUGCGAACUCUUCAAAACUCACAUCACCCAUGGCGAUAAAAAAUUCUAUUAUUCUUGA